AUGUUGGGCUGGGUCCAGAGGGUGCUGCCUCAGCCCCCAGGGACACCUCAGAAGACCAAGCAAGAGGAGGAGGGGGCAGAACCAGAGCCAGAGUUGGAGCCGAAGCCUGAAACAGCCCCCGAGGAGACUGAGCUAGAGGAAGUGUCCCUGCCACCGGAGGAGCCCUGCGUGGAGAAGGAAGUGGCUGCGGCUACUCUUGGCUCUCAAGGAACCCAGGAGACUGCUCUCACUCCGCCCACAUCCCUCCAGGCCCAGGUCUCUGUGGCUCCCGAAGCUAACAGUGGUCCCAGAGGCUGGGUGCUGACCUGGCUCAGGAAUGGCAUGGAGAAGGUUGUCCCGCAGCCCGUCCGCAGCAGCAGGCCCGCCCAGAACACUGCUGCGGGCUUGGAGAGGCCAGAUCAGCAGGCAGGAGCACAGAUCCUUGGACAGUGCGACACUGGGGGCUCAGAUGAACCCAGUGAACCCCCCAGGGCCGAAGACCCCGGCCCAGGGCCCGGGCUGCUCCGGUGGUUCGAACAGAAUCUGGAGAAAAUGCUGCCUCAGCCCCCGAAAAUUUCUGAGGGCUGGAGUGAUGAGCGUACAGAUGCUCCCUUGGGUCCAGAGCCCCCAGGACCCGCCCCGGAGAUCAAGCCCGUGCCGCAGGCCCAGGAGAGCCCCUCCCUGCCCGCUCCUGGCCCCCCGGAGCCUGAGGAAGAACCGACCCCAGAGCCCCAGCCCAGUAUUCAAGCCUCCUCCCUGCCGCCCCCACAGGACUCUGCCAGGUUGAUGGCCUGGAUCCUACACAGGCUGGAGAUGGUCCUGCCACAGCCAGUGAUCCGUGGGAAGGGUGGGGAGCAGGAGUCUGACGCCCCAGUGACAUGUGACGUGCAGACCAUCAGCAUCCUCCCUGGAGAGCAAGAGGAGUCGGAUCUCAUCCUAGAAGAGGUUGAUUCUCACUGGGAGGAGGAUGAACACCAGGAGGGCAGCAUCAGCACCGGCUCGCGGAUCUCAGAGGCAGCUCCAGCUGAUGAAGAGAAGGGCGAGGUGGUGGAGCAGAUGCCCAGGGAGCUGCCUCGGAUUCAAGAGGAAAAAGAAGAGGAGGAGGAAGAGAAGGAAGACAGAGAGGAGGAAGAAGAGGAAGGCAGAGAGAAAGAGGAGGAAGAAGGCGAAGAAAAAGAGAAGGAGGAAGGCAGAGAGAAAGAGGAAGAAGAAGGUGGAGAGAAAGAGGAAGAAGAAGGUGGAGAGAAAGAGGAAGAAGAAGGCAGAGAGAAAGAGGAGGUGGAAGGCGGAGAGGAGGAGGAAGACGAAGAGGAGGAGCAGGAUCACAGUGUCCUGCUGGAUAGUUAUCUGGUGGCACAGAGUGAGGAGGACCAGAGUGAAGAAAGUGAAACCCAGGAGCAGAGUGAAGUGGGCGGAGCCCAGGACCAGAGUGAAGUGGGUGGAACCCAGGAGCAGGACGAAGUAGGUGGAGCCCAGGACCAGAGCACCUCACACCAGGAGCUGCAAGAAGAGGCCUUGGCCGACAGCUCAGGAGUACCUGCCACGGAAGAGCACCCAGAAGUGCAGGUGGAAGACGCUGAUGCUGACAGUCGCCCCCUCAUCGCGGAGGAAAGCCCACCCUCUCCCGCGCAGCUGCCCCUGUCUCCUGCCAAAUCUGACACCCUUGCGGUCCCAGGAUCGGCCACAGGGAGCCUCAGGAAGAGGCUGCCUUCCCAAGAUGAUGAGGCUGAAGAGCUCAAGAUGCUGUCACCGGCUGCAUCCCCUGUGGUCGCCUGGUCGGACCCCACCAGCCCACAGGGCACUGAUGAUCAGGACCGUGCAACCUCCACAGCCAGCCAGAACAGUGCCAUCAUCAAUGACCGGCUCCAGGAGCUGGUGAAGCUUUUCAAGGAGCGGACAGAGAAGGUGAAAGAGAAGCUCAUUGACCCUGAUGUCACCUCCGAUGAGGAGAGCCCCAAGCCCUCCCCAGCCAAAAAAGCCCCAGAGCCGGCCCCGGAAGUGAAGCCAGCUGAAGCGGGGCAGGCAGAGGAGGAACACUACUGUGAGAUGCUCUGCUGCAAGUUCAAACGCCGCCCCUGGAAGAAGUACCAGUUUCCCCAGAGCAUCGACCCGCUGACCAACCUGAUGUACAUCUUGUGGCUGUUCUUCGUGGUGCUGGCCUGGAACUGGAACUGCUGGCUGAUUCCCGUGCGCUGGGCCUUCCCCUAUCAGACGCCGAACAACAUCCACCUCUGGCUGCUGAUGGAUUACCUGUGCGACCUCAUCUACCUCUUGGACAUCACCGUGUUCCAGAUGCGCCUGCAGUUUGUCAGAGGCGGGGACAUCAUAACGGACAAAAAGGAGAUGCGCAACAAUUACCUGAAAUCUCAGCGCUUUAAGAUGGACAUGCUCUGCCUCUUGCCCUUGGACUUACUCUACUUGAAAUUCGGUGUGAAUCCCCUCCUGCGCUUGCCCCGCUGUUUGAAGUAUAUGGCCUUCUUUGAGUUUAACAACCGCCUGGAAUCCAUCCUCAGCAAAGCCUACGUUUACAGGGUUAUCAGGACCACAGCCUACCUGCUCUACAGUUUACAUCUGAACUCAUGUCUGUAUUACUGGGCAUCGGCCUAUGAGGGCCUCGGCGCCACUCACUGGGUUUAUGAUGGCGUGGGAAACAGUUACAUUCGCUGUUACUACUGGGCUGUGAAGACCCUCAUCACCAUUGGUGGCCUGCCCGACCCCAGGACGCUCUUUGAAAUUGUCUUCCAGGGUCUAAACUAUUUCACGGGCGUCUUCGCUUUCUCCGUGAUGAUCGGACAGAUGAGAGACGUAGUGGGGGCCGCCACCGCGGGACAGACCUACUACCGCAGCUGCAUGGACAGCACCGUGAAGUACAUGAACUUCUACAAGAUCCCCAAGUCCGUGCAGAACCGGGUCAAGACCUGGUACGAAUACACCUGGCACUCCCAAGGCAUGCUGGAUGAAUCAGAACUGAUGGUGCAGCUUCCGGACAAGAUGCGGCUGGACCUCGCCAUUGACGUGAACUAUGACAUCGUCAGCAAAGUGGCACUCUUCCAGGGCUGUGACCGGCAGAUGAUCUUUGACAUGCUGAAGAGGCUGCGCUCUGUCGUCUACCUGCCCAAUGACUACGUGUGCAAGAAGGGGGAGAUAGGCCGGGAAAUGUACAUCAUCCAGGCGGGGCAGGUGCAGGUCUUGGGUGGCCCGGAUGGGAAAUCCGUGCUGGUGACGCUGAAGGCUGGAUCUGUGUUCGGAGAAAUAAGCUUGCUGGCUGUUGGGGGCGGGAACCGGCGCACAGCUAACGUGGUGGCCCAUGGGUUUACCAACCUCUUCAUUCUGGAUAAGAAGGACCUGAAUGAAAUUCUUGUGCAUUAUCCUGAGUCUCAGAAGUUGCUCCGCAAGAAGGCCAGGCGAAUGCUGAGAAAUAACAACAAGCCCAAGGAGAAGAGUGUGCUUAUUCUCCCUCCGCGGGCGGGCACCCCCAAGCUCUUCAAUGCCGCCCUGGCUGCAGCAGGAAAGAUGGGUGCCAAGGGAGGCAAAGGCGGCAAGCUUGCCCUCCUCAGGGCUCGACUCAAGGAGCUGGCCGCGCUGGAGGCGGCCGCCAGACAGCAGCAGUUGCUUGAACAGGCCAAGAGCUCGGAAGAUGCCGCCCUGAGACAGACGGGAUCGGCCGCCCCAGAACAGCCCCCGGCUCCAGAGCCGCCGGCCCCAGAGGCCCCCGCCCCAGAGCCCCUGGCCCCAGAAGACCCUGCCCCAGAGCCCCUGGCCCCAGAGGCCCCCGCCCCAGAGGUCCGGGCCCCGCGCUCUCCACCACCUGCCUCCCAGGAGAGGCCGGAUGGAGACGAGGAGGCCGCGGCGCGGCCAGAGGAGCACUCGGUGCGAAUCCACGUGAGCCCGGGCCCGGAUCCCAGCGAACAGAUCCCGUCGGUGGAGAUUCCUGAGGAGCAGGAGAAGGAGAAAAAGGAGGAGGAGACAGAAGAAAAGGAAGACGGGGAGGAGGCGAGGAAGGAGAAGGAGGAAUGA